AUGGCUCCUAAGGGGAAGUCCAAGGCUGUGUCAGAAGCCUCGUCGCUGGAAGCUCCCUCGUCUUCACUGGAUGCGCCAGCCUCGUCGCCUGCUCCUGCUUCUUCUGACCCUGCUGGCAAAGGCAAGGGCAAGGUUACUGAGGAGUCAGUAAAUGUACCUCUUACUGAUGCUCCAGCAAGUGGAUCCGGUCUCUCCCUGGAGGAGAAGCUGGGCUCUCUUCGUACAACGACUCCUGACAGCGGCUUCAUUGAAGAUGAUUCUGACGAGGAGCUCGAAGUCGAAGUCAAGACGGAAGCGUUCAACCGUGUUCGCUACACUGCGAUUCUGCUGAUACCCGUGGCUCUCGCCCUGGAGGUCGCUUCCGUCAUCACCACGGUGCGGACUCUGAUGCGGCGCGUCUGGUCGUCUACGCUCUCUGUUGGCGCCGUUGACUCGGCGAAGUUCCAGGAGCUCCUGCCGGCGUACGUGGCGAAGACCCGUUACAGUCGCCUGCAGGUCUCUCUCCUGCGCGAGGAAGAUAUUAUGAGCAUCAGAUCCAAGGAGGUGGAUUACACGCGUCCUAACGGCACGGUCUUCCGUCUCUACUGGCAACACACUGACGAUCCUGCUUUUGUGCGUGAACGUGCGACGAACAAGCUGGCGAUUGAGGUGGUGAUUCGAGACAUGUCGUCAAGGGACUUGUGA